GCCACGGCCACUCGGGCAGGUCGGCGGCGCCGCGGGAACCCGCCGACGGCGCGGACUGCUGGUCCCCGCGCGCAGGAGGCGCGGGCGGCCCUGGGGCCAUGGAGCCUGGUGACGCGGCGCGCCUCGGCCGGGGCCGGGCGGCCCGGGCGCUGCCACCGCGGCUGCUGCUGCUGCCGCUGCUGCUGCCGCUGCUGCUGGGUCGGGGGCUGCGCGCCGCGGCCUCGGCCUCCUCCUCUGGGGCGGCGGCCGAGGACAGCAGCGCCAUGGAGGAGCUCGCCACUGAGAAGGAGGCGGAGGAGAGCCACCGGCAAGACAGCGUGAGCCUGCUCACCUUCAUCCUGCUGCUCACGCUCACCAUCCUCACCAUCUGGCUCUUCAAGCACCGCCGGGUGCGCUUCCUGCAUGAGACCGGGCUGGCCAUGAUCUACGGGCUCAUCGUGGGCGUGAUCCUGAGGUAUGGCACCCCCGCCACCGGUGGUCAUGACAAGUCAGUGAGCUGUACUCAGGAAGACAGGGCCUUCAGCACCUUAUUAGUGAACGUCAGUGGGAAGUUCUUCGAAUACACCCUGAAAGGAGAAAUCGGCCCUGGCAAGAUCAACAGCGUAGAGCAGAAUGACAUAUUGAGGAAGGUAACGUUUGAUCCAGAGGUCUUUUUCAACAUUCUCCUGCCUCCGAUUAUUUUCCAUGCCGGCUACAGUUUAAAGAAGAGACACUUUUUCAGAAAUCUCGGGUCUAUUCUGGCUUAUGCUUUCUUGGGGACUGCCGUUUCCUGCUUCAUUAUUGGGAAUCUCAUGUACGGUGUAGUGAAGCUCAUGAAGGUCGUGGGGCAGCUCUCGGAUAAGUUUUACUACACAGACUGUCUCUUUUUCGGAGCCAUCAUCUCUGCCACUGACCCAGUGACCGUACUGGCAAUAUUUAACGAACUGCACGCAGACGUGGACCUCUACGCACUCCUGUUUGGAGAAAGCGUCCUCAAUGAUGCUGUUGCCAUCGUCCUGUCCUCGUCUAUCGUUGCCUACCAGCCAGCAGGGCUGAACACUCAUGCCUUUGAUGCUGCUGCCUUUUUUAAAUCAGUGGGCAUCUUCCUAGGUAUAUUCAGUGGCUCUUUUACCAUGGGAGCCGUAACUGGCGUCGUGACGGCUCUAGUGACCAAGUUCACCAAGCUGCACUGCUUCCCCCUCCUGGAGACGGCACUCUUCUUCCUGAUGUCCUGGAGCACGUUCCUUUUGGCAGAAGCCUGUGGCUUUACAGGCGUUGUGGCUGUCCUUUUCUGUGGCAUCACGCAGGCUCAUUACACCUACAACAAUCUGUCGGUGGAAUCAAGAAGUCGAACGAAGCAGCUCUUUGAGGUGUUACACUUCCUGGCAGAGAACUUCAUCUUCUCCUACAUGGGCCUGGCUCUCUUUACCUUCCAGAAGCAUGUCUUCAGCCCCGUUUUCAUCAUUGGAGCUUUUGUUGCCAUCUUCCUGGGCCGAGCUGCGCACAUCUACCCGCUCUCCUUCUUCCUCAACUUGGGCAGAAGGCAUAAGAUUGGCUGGAACUUUCAACACAUGAUGAUGUUUUCAGGCCUCAGGGGCGCGAUGGCAUUUGCGCUGGCCAUCCGUGACACGGCAUCCUACGCUCGCCAGAUGAUGUUCACGACCACCCUCCUCAUCGUCUUCUUCACUGUCUGGAUCAUUGGCGGAGGCACAACACCCAUGCUGUCGUGGCUUAACAUAAGAGUUGGCGUCGAGGAGCCCUCCGAAGAGGACCAGAACGAACGCCGCUCACAGUACUUCAGAGUCGGUGUUGACCCAGAUCAAGACCCACCACCCAACAACGACAGCUUUCAAGUCUUACAAGGGGAUGGUCCGGAUUCUGCCAGAGGGAACCGGACGAAGCAGGAGAGUGCGUGGCUCUUCAGGCUGUGGUACAGUUUUGACCACAAUUACUUGAAGCCCAUCCUCACACACACCGGCCCCCCCUUAACCACCACGCUGCCCGCCUGGUGUGGCCUGCUCGCUCGGUGUCUGACCAGUCCCCAGGUGUACGACAACCAAGAGCCGCUGAGAGAAGAAGACUCCGACUUCAUCCUGACCGAGGGCGACCUCACCUUGACCUACGGGGACAGCACAGUGACUGCAAACGGCUCCUCAGGCUCCCACACAGCCUCCACGAGCCUCGAGGGCAGUCGGAGAACCAAGAGCAGCUCCGAGGAGGUGCUGGACCGAGCCCUGGGGAUGGGAGACCAGCCGGUCUCGAGCCGGGGCACGCGCCUAGUGUUCCCCCUGGAGGACAAUGCGUGACUCCCCCCUCCCCCCACCCCAGAGCCUGCAGCGAUGAGGGGCGGGGGCGGCCCACCGGCAGGGCAGGGUGAGGACGGCUGCAAGCCCCAGGGUUGUUUGAGGCGGGGCACUGACUGAGUGGAACUAACGCUUCUGUUUUAUUGGGGUCUGAAGCUAUCUUAAUAACCUUUACAAUUUAACCCAAGAUGGUGGGGCUAAAGUGUCUCUAAAUCAAGACAGAUGCAGACCUAUUCCCACUUUUUCACAUAGUAGUGUGCUGUUCAGAGUUAAACAAACAAACAAAAAGCAUGCUUUAAUGGUCUAACUCAUUCACCUGCAGUAUCUGAACAAGGUGUGGGGCGGGUGGGGGGGGGUUGGAGUCCCCCCAGGAGAGGCUUCAGAUCCGUACACAGCAGUGCAAGCCUGGCUGGCUGCAGGAAGAGCAAAGUGGAGGAGAGCAGGCUAGAAGAACGAUCGAGAAGGAAGGCAGCUGAGACCGGACCUCCAAGGAUGACGGGAAGCCGGUGGUAAAUGGGACGGAACUCACGAAGAAGCAAUUGCCGCAGGCACUUCUGGCACCGAGGGCUGCGGGACUGCGACCUCACGUCAGGCUUCUGGACUCUUUGCAACCCGGGUUUCCUCUAGACUGAAGAAUGGAAAUCUAUCCGUGAACAUUUCGACAUGGGGAAAGAAUUAGAAUUCCUUCUCUGGAAGCCUCCAUCCAGAAGAAGCUACCAAAAGCAAAACCAAAGGCAAAAAUCGUGUUACACUGUUGGGUUUUUCACAUUAAUCUGGGAACAGCAGAAACUGGUUAGAAACUGAUGACGAAAAAUCAGUCAAUUCUUCAGGGCCACCGUACAAGCUGACUGCCUGGCAAAUGAUUCCGAGGGCCGAGAUACCUACUGUGGGUUUAGGAACAACACCAAAAUUGGUUGGGAUGGUUUUAUCUGGGGACGAGAAAGCAAAAAGAAGCCUAGGAGGCAGUAGGCUAGUAUUGGGGGGCGGGGGUGGGAAUCACACUGCGAACAAAAUUAACUGCAAAAACGAAAUACAGGAUACUGUUCUAAAGACCCGAGUAGAAUUCCAAACCUUGAGCCAACGAAUGCAUGAGAUUUCAGCGGCCACGGGAGAAAUUAGAGACAAGUCCCUAGAAAAUUAAGCAUUAUUCAGUCCGGUGGAACGUUCUGUCUACUGUAAGGUUAAGUCUCCAGAUGUCUUGACAGUUGAGUGCCAUGUAAAGAAGGGUCGUCCUCUUGGUAUCCGGGGAGGCUUGCACCAGCUGAAUGCGUGAGCGUGGUUUGAAAUUUAGGUUAUUUGAAAACCCGAUUUCUUAAAAAAAAAAAUGCUUUCAUAAAAUGUGGGCAUUUUUCUUAUUGGGGCAGACAACAUAGUUUGUGAUAGUUUGUGUAAACCAGGCAAAAAUUAUUACUAGGUUGAGCCAUAUGAAAUUGCUGAUAUUUGAACCAUUAAAAAGAAAAAAACCAAUGGCAGUUUCAUAUGGUUUGAUAUAAUUAGAUGCUUUUUAUCCCCCCCCCCCUUUCCUUUCUGUCUACCCUAAAGUCCAUUUUGACUUUAUCAGGGGCACCCGUGGGAUUUGUAAGCUUGAAAAACAAGCUAAACCACAUAUCUAACCCCAUGAGGCUCAGAAUUACCUAGGCUAGUGAAGGACUUAAGAAGACCUAUGAGCCACAGCCAGAGAAACCGCUUUUUUAGAGAGCCCCUGGAUGGGAGGUCAUUGUGUCGUGGGUGUUGUGUCAGAGUGCAGAGAGCAGCUUGCCAGGCUGGAGAUGUGCAUAUGUGCCCGCGCCCAGAACCGGCAGAAGUUUUAUUCGGUGGAGUUCUCUCAGUAAUGACCAGUCAAGCCUAUAAAGGUGAGGCUUGUGUGUGUGUUGGGUAUUUGCAGAGAUGGAUAGGCUGGCCGGCUCUUUGGUUGGGUCUUUAUAAAGCCUUGUUUAUCUCUUAUGUCGCUUACUUGUUUAAUUUUGGAGGAGAGAAACUACCGGAAAAACCCUGAUAUGGUUCAUGAAAAUAGCCACCCUGGCUGUUUAGGGACCCCCCCCCCCCCGUCUUAAUUAACGUCAAGGCUAUGUUGUCAGUAAUGGUUUUCCAGGAAGCUUUCGGCAACUUAAUAAGAAAUCAAGGAGGAAAAAUAACCAGAGUUCUCCAUCCGAGGCCUACGUCGAUCCACAGAUUGUUGUGUUUUCCCUCAAAGGGUCUUGUAGUCUUGACUGCAAACCUUUUAUUUGGACCUACUUAAAUAUAAGCAAGUGGAGAUUUGCCAAGACCAAAAUUUUGCUAGGGUUGUAGUUACUUGGUUGGAUUUGUUUCUUCAGUGGAUAGGAGUAAGUCACUGACCUAUGGUUCUAAUUUCUGUUUGCAAGAUGUGCGGAAUAAUCCUGACCUUACUAGAGGUCCUGGGAAAUGAGUCCAUUCAUUGAAACGCUUCCGUGUUUCUAGAAGUACUAUGCCUAUGCUGAGUGGGGGAAAGUGCGUGCCACGAAGCCCAGAAACCAACUAACACAAGGCCAACUAUCUGCAGCCAGCCUGGCAUAAAUCAGGUUGAAACGGCUGAGUGCAUCCAAUUUCACGUCUUUUUAACACAUUUAACAUCUUAUAAACAUAUUUGUUCCAGGUUGGGGGCGGGCGGGGUGACAGUUCAGCAGAGCUGGAUAAUUCUAGCACACAAGUUCUCAACCAUGGCUGCCCAUUAGGAUUACCUGGCUAGUUUUGUUUUUGUUUUUUUUUUUUAAAUAUCAGUGCAAGGGCCCUAUCCUCAGAGACUCAUAUUCGGGAGGCUUGGAGUGGGGCCUGGCUUCCGUGCUUUGUUUUGGAUCUUCAGGGAUUCUAAUGCACAACCAGAGUUGCGAGCCUUGUAGCCUAGACCUUGCAGUGGACCCUAUUUGGAACCUUAAAGGAUGGCCUAGCAAAUUAAGUUUCCUUUAGUUGCAAGUCACGUGGACCACCCUGAGGGUUGACCAGUAACCCAGCCUUGACGGCCGUCAAAGAAUUUCGUGUAGACGCUCUUGGCAGAACUCCAGAACUUUCUCCCUAAAGUACAACUGACGGCGUCACAUUUGAAAACCUUAGUGCGUGAAAGGGAGAGAAGGGUGAUGUGAGGGAAUGUAUUCGGGCGGGGUGGGGGGGCGGGAUGCAACACCUGUCCUCUUUGCCCCCGCUUGCGGAAAGAAAAGGGGUUCGGUCUUAACCGAGUAGCCAACUCUCAGGUGGAAGGUUUUGGAGAAGCUGGCUGUUCCACUCAACGUGUGACUAAACGGGGUCCCCUUUGCGGCCAAGUCAGCUUUCUUUCUGGCCACACUCAGCUUGCCCCGCCCCCCCCCCCCCCCCCCCCACUUGCCUGCAUCCACGCUGGAGACCUCAGGGUAGAGGUUAGGCCUGCGGUUAGUGGAAGCUUGUGACCCCUUCGCGCUCACGCUCACGAGGCACCGGCGUUGCCAGAGGGGAGGCAUGAAGCCCGGCUGUCCCUUUUAAUACUCUCUUCGAGCACUACAAGGCUACCCGAACUUUGUCUCCCCCGGAGGGCAAUUUGGACUUUAAAGGAGGCUGCGUUUCCUCCUAGGAAGCCAAUCUAGGAAGAGCGCAUACGUAACUACAUGGUCUCUGCCCAUCCAGGGUACUCCCUGGGGCGGCCAAACAGCACUGACGCCUUGCAGCCGAAAACCACACUGCGACAUCAAAUGUCUCAUCAAGCAGACUGCAAGGAGCUUUCAGGCUGUGUUCUCCGGCCCCGAAAAUGCCCUCUGUGGUUUGGUUGACAAAUGAGGUCUCUCUGGAAAACGUGAAAAGCGUUAGCUGAGCUGUCCAUGUACAUUUCAGUCUAGGGCGAUCUCCUUCCAAAGUAGAGGGCUGUUUCAUGACAUCCUCCCACCCCCAGUCAUCUCUCCCUCCCCCUUUCUUUGUCCACAGGGGCAGUUAAUGUCACCAUGUCAGAUAUUCAAUACGAACAGGAUGGUUUCUAAAGGUAGAAACACCGCUGAUGCCCUUAGGGGAGACUGGUGGGGGGGCCAAUGUGGGGGGGGGGAAAUCAUCCUCUCAGACACCUCAGGUCCCCACUGUGAGUCCUAAGAGGCACAUCACAAAGCCGACCGUGCCAUCUGUUGUAAGAUGGAAUCUGGAACGAGGGCUUCUGGAAGGUCAGCUUGCUGAUCCAAUAAGCAUGUGACUUCCCGUUCCACUUUGGAAAAACGGGGAACUUGACACGUUUCACGUUUCACGCCUGCCUCUUGAUGUUGAUUCUGAAGAUGAGUUCGUGUAGGAGCGAGUCUGUCACAUGCUAUGAAAGUGGUAUCGCUGACUUCUGAUCUCUUACGUUGGUUUUUAAGUGAAACUCUGGCUCCGCCCAUGUCCGGUGCUGUGGGCUCCAACACAGUCAGUCGAAGGAACCUAGUGGCCAAGAGUUAGAAACGAGCUUUCUAAUCUGAAUGUGCUUUCAUAGUAGCUGAAGAGACCUUCCCCUUUCUAAAACCCAAUAAGGACAAUACGCAGAGACAUACUCUAGAAAGCUCUGCUAGUCUCUCACUAGGAAAAGCAAGUAGGGCUCUUCUCUUUGACAAUCUUUUUCAAAACCACACCUAGAAAUCAACGCCUUUUCCCUCUUUCGAUUUUCAUAAGGAGAGCUUUAUAUAUAUAUAUAUAUAUAUAUAUAUAUAUAUAUAUAUAUACUAAUACGUCUCGUCACCCAGUGCUAGCAGCAAUUGUGAAAAG